AUGGCGACCACUGUGGAUAAGAUCAAGGACAUCGAGGCCGAGAUGGCCAAGACGCAAAAGAACAAGGCUACGAGCUACCAUUUGGGUCAAUUGAAGGCCAAGCUCGCCAAACUGAAGCGGGAGCUUCUUACACCACAGUCCAGCGGUGGUGGUGGAGGCUCUGGAUUCGACGUUGCCCGGACGGGCGUUGCUAGUGUUGGGUUUAUAGGCUUUCCAUCCGUUGGCAAGAGUACGCUCAUGAGUAAAUUGACGGGGCAAUUUUCAGAAGCGGCUGCAUACGAGUUCACUACCCUGACCACUGUACCUGGCCAAGUCCAAUACAACGGCGCUGCUAUUCAAAUGCUCGAUCUCCCGGGUAUCAUCCAAGGAGCCAAGGACGGCAAAGGUCGAGGUCGUCAGGUCAUUGCUGUUGCCAAGACGUGCCAUCUUAUUUUCAUUGUCCUCGACGUCAACAAACCCCUCACUGACAAAAGAGUCAUCGAGAACGAGCUAGAGGGUUUCGGUAUCCGAAUCAACAAGGAUCCGCCAAACAUUGUCUUCAAGAAGAAAGACAAGGGUGGCGUCAGCGUCACGAACACGGUCCCGUUGACCCAUAUCAGCCAUGAGGAAAUCAAGGCAGUGAUGGGCGAGUACAAGAUCUCAUCCGCUGAUAUUGCCAUUCGCUGCGAUGCCGAGAUCGAUGACCUGAUUGAUAUUUUGGAGGCGAAGAGCAGGAGCUAUAUCCCUGUGAUAUAUGCCCUCAACAAGAUCGACUCCAUAUCGAUCGAGGAGCUCGACCUAAUAUACAGGAUCCCCAACGCGUGUCCCAUCAGCGCUGAGCACGGCUGGAAUGUCGACGAGCUGUUGCAGCAAAUGUGGGAGAAGCUUCAGCUCCGGCGUAUCUAUACGAAGCCGAAAGGCAAGUCUCCGGACUAUAACACGCCUGUCGUAUUGAGGAAGAACGCUUGUAGCGUCGAGGAUUUUUGCAAUGCUAUUCACAAGACUAUCGUGGAGCAGUUCAAGCACGCGAUCGUGUAUGGACAGUCGGUGAAGCAUCAGCCGCAGAGGGUGGGACUAUCCCACGAGCUUGCCGAUGAGGAUAUCAUCACGAUCAUAAAACGAUAA